UUCAUCUAUUUUCCUGAUUCGUUAUUGAAGAAACCGCAAACAUAAUACAUUAUCUUUUUCGUUUCAAAAUAUAAUAGAGGUUCGCAGAAAUAAGUCAUUUAGUUGGUGAAACGAGGUUCAAAAAGUAGCCCUAAGGAAGUACAAUAAAGUGCUCAAAAAUGUGGGUUUCUAUACCUACGGUAGUUCUGUUGGCCCUUUUCGCAGCUCAGGAUAUUGCUGGGGAAACAGCACCCCUACUCUUAUCAACAUCGGACCUGACAACAGAUGAACAAGGUAGGAAAGCUGACGAAAAACCAGCUAUAUCGCUUGAAUAUAAGCCUAUAAAGCCAUCUUAUUUGAGCUCUGGGAGCAACGUUGCCCAAAUCGUUCCACCAGGACAACCAUGGCCGGCGAGUGCAGCAGGUUACCCAAACUUCUCGCAACUCAGCCCUACAGUGGCUACCAAAGACGAAGUGACAGAUGACAUUCCUCUCCUUCAGUCUGCCCCAACCCCCAGCGCCAAUAUGAUCAGUCUGGACAUGUCCAAUCCCAAUACCAAUUUUGUAGAUGCUCUAGAGAAGAUUUUGGCACCCGAAUUGUCAAACGUCAAAGUCGCCGACCAGCAACAAACGAUCCCUAUCUCUAUAAAUAUAACACCACCUCCUAACGCCAAUAUGGACUUCGUCAAGGCACUCCAGGUAGCUGUUAGAACAGCUGUGAGUAAACUGGUACCCUCCGCUGGUACUUCAUUGAAAAUCGCCAUCACCAAAGCGUCCACUGGGGCUAUAGUCAACGUUAAGGCCUACUUGGACAUCGUUGUACCCGCGGCUGUCAAAAAAGUUGUUCCUACUCUACCUCCUUCAAACGUUCCCGAAAUAGACCUUACGAAAGGUACUUCAGGUUUGGUCCAAAACCUCCAGAGCAUACUCUUGAAGGAACUGUUGGAAGCAGGGUAUAGCCCUGAUGCAGAAUCUACCCAGGACUUCUCCUUAUCCUUCAGUGUUUUGCCACCUGAAGGUGCAACCAAAGAUUUUGUAAGACUGGACGUCCUAGGACCCUUACAAACAGCUUUAAACAGUAUCGCACCUCACGCAUCUAUCACUUCGGUCUCUGUGAACACCCAACAGAGCAACAGUAAGAUCUUGAGACAAACGGUCAAGUUAAACGUGCGAGUCAAUCCUCCUGCUGAGUUCCAAAUGAACGAAAACGUGGUUGAAGUACCUGAAGUCGUUUUGAACGUACCCGGCGCAAACAUAGCCAGCACUGUUGUUACAACUCUACAGAAUCAAAUAAUGAAAAUUGCUAACGUCAACCCCUCGCAGGCCAAAACCUUAUCCAUACCUUUCAAGAUCACACCUCCAGCAGGUGCUACACAGCAGCAGAUUAUGGAGAUGUACGUCAUUCCCAUAUCGCAGGUUUUGUCCAAACUUGAUCCUACAGGAAAAAUCUUGAAAUUAAGCCAGAAAACUCUUCCAAACGGCGACAUUAUCAUAGUUGUUUAUAUGAACAUUCCAGCAAAUGCCACUACGAAACCUUCCAACGAACAGAAUCAACCAGAAGUGGUUCCGGUAGUUCCAGAAACGUCAACCACAUCGACCAUAAGUAUAAAUAACAGAAAUUCCUUCCCUGAAGGAGAAGAAGAUGAGAUUCCCUCAGAAGUUACUAACAACGAAGAAACUUCUGAAAGUACAAUCGAGGCUGAAAUACCAAAUAACGCCAUCAAAACUCCGACAGUAGAUUUAACCACUCCAACAGCAAGUGUCAACAGUAUUCGACAAAUUUUGAAUGAUGAAUUGUCCCCUCUUUCAAACCCCGUAGAUGAUGGAAAGCCCAAAGUGUUGGCAAUUCCUUUCGUAAUGAAACCUCCAGCAGGUGCGACGUUGGAGCAAAUUCAGGAGAAUGUUGUGGUUCCUAUUGGAAGACUCUUGACUUCAUUAGAACCUACUGGCAACGUCAUAACCUCCCAGACUAAAUCGUUACCAAAUGGAGAUGUAGAAUCAGUAGUUUAUUUCAAUAUACCAUCUGUGAAGAACUCCGAGACCUACAAGGAUAUAUCCGAUGAAUUACAGAAACCAAGUACCAGCACAGAGCAAUCAGGAACUGCUGCCAGUACUCAAGCACCUGUAACAUCCACAACUGUUCAAGAACCCAUCGUUUCCCCUGUCACCAAAUCGACACAAAAUCAAACACCAAAGGUCGGAGUACCAGCAAAUACAGAAGAACCACGAACCCAAAUCCCCGAAGAGAAAAAACCUGAAAAUAGCGUUGUAACCACUCCGAUAGACCUCUCUCAUCCCAACUUCGACGCACUUAAAACUGGAAUAGAAGAGAGAUUGAACGACGUAAUCAAGAACACACCUAACAAAAAUGGUCAACCCCAAACCAUCGGUUUUCCAUUUGUGGUUCCGAAAGACCAAGCGAAACGCAUACCAAUUAUGGCUCAAGCCAUAGCUACUCUUCUGAAGGGUUUGGUACCAUCUGGAAACGCUGCAUCCACCAUAUCACCCAAAGUACUACCAAAUGGUGAUGUCGAGUUUACCAUUUACUACGAAGUACCCGCCAUCACUAAGCCCAAUAAGGAUGUGACUGAGAGACCAGCAAAUGCCAAAAAGAACCUUGUUUUAACUCCCAUCGACAUUAAAAAUCCUGAUUUUGAAACCCUCAGAAACGAACUGGAUAAGAAAAUCAACGAUAUUACUAAGACUAAUAAUAAUGGUCAACCACAAGAAGUUGAAAUUCCUUUGGUUAUAUCGAAGAACCUCAAAUCUCCAUUUUUCGAGAUAGCUUUGAGAAACUUUUUACAGACCAUUUUACCUGGAAAAGUCUCCCCAAAACCACUCUAUAAGGAUCUUCAAAACGGCGAUGUUGAAAUGGUUUUCAACUAUGAAACACCUGCAACUACGGAACCACCAGUUGAAAAGAAAACUGAAAAGAAUACUGAAGCUGUUGUAUCAACAACAGUGACUCCCAAAACGGUAAUAUCCACAACGUCGACACCAAAGACCCAAAAUGAGGUACAACCUGAAAAUAACAACCUGAUUACUCCCAUAGACGUGAAGAAUCCUGAUUUCCAAACCCUCAAGAAUGAACUCGAGAAGAAGAUUAACGAGAUAAGUACAGCUAACAACGGUCAACCUCAAGAAGUAGGAAUUCCAUUAGUUAUAUCGAAGAACCUCAAAUCUCCAUUUUUCGAAAUUGCUCUUAGAAACUUCCUGCAGACCAUUUUGCCAGGAGAAGUUUUAGCCAAACCUUCCUAUAAGGAUCUUCCGAAUGGUGAUGUUGAGAUGGUUUUCAACUACAAAAUACCUGCAACUUCAGAAUCACCUGCAGAGAGAACAACUGAAGUUUCUACUCAAGCCACUCAAUCAACAACGGUGACACCCAAAACAGUUAUACCAACAACAACAACUAUCAAAACCCAAAACAAAAUUAACACAGAAAAAACUGUCUUGAUCCCUCCUAUCAACAUUAAAAAUCCAAACUUCAACACUCUUGUGGACGACAUAAAGAGGACAAUCGAACAGAACACUGGUAAUAACAAUGGUCAGCCACAAAUAAUAGGUAUUCCUUUCAUAAUGCCCUCACCUCCACCAUAUAUAGUCGAAUUAUCCUUAAAAAAGGCUUUGAAAAUGCUUCUACCCGGUGAAAUUCUACCAGAAACUCAAACGAAUAAACUUCCUGAUGGAAAUGUGGAAUUUAUCAUCUACUACGAGAAACCUUCAUCGUCGAAUAACAAGCCCAGUGAAGAAGUUGUUGCCGGUCAAACUGAACCUUCGGUUGAAAAGAAGCAAGAACAACAUAAAGUAUUACCAACUGUAACACCAAAAACCCUAGUGAAACCAGUCACGGAGGCUCCACAAACCGUUCAACCUGAGAAUUCCGUGAUAACCACACCUAUAUCACUGCAACAAAUAGAUUUCAACACCAUCAAAGACGAGGUCGAGAAGAGAAUUGACGAAGCAAGCAAGACGAAUAAUGGCAAGCCAGAAAUCGUUGGUCUUCCUUUCAUCAUGCCAAAUAAUCAGAAUUCGUACAUGUUAGAGUUGGGCUUGAUGAAAGUUCUGGGUUUUAUUUUACCUGGAGAAAUUUCACCAAACACCCAAACAAAAGUUCUUCCAAAUGGUGAAAAACAGCUUGUUAUCUUUUACAAAUUGCCAGGAGUGGAGACUAUUAAGGGUAAAAAUGAAAUAGAGCCUGUGGAAGCGGUGGAAGAUGUUAAUUUGGACGAACCUGGUUCAACUGUACUGGGGGAAGUGGGAAAAGCCUUAAUCCAGGGAAUAUCCACCUUGACUUCUAACCCAGAGAACUUGAACAAACCCGCGAAUCUGAAAUUCAACAUCUACGCUCCUUUGGAUAACACCCCAUCGCAGAACAAGGGUAUCGUUGAUGCUGUUUCAGCUGAAUUACAGAGCCUCGAGCCAAGUGCCAAGAUCGUCACGGCUAAAGUAAACGAAAAACCACUGAGUAACGAACCAGAUGGUGUCAUAGAAAUCACACUACCUUCUAUCGCCACUUCUAAUACCGCAGAAGGCCUGAAGAAGGCUGUUAAAAUUCCAACAAUAGACACCAACAUCCCAGAGUUGAAUUUGGUGGGCAACAUCAAAGCGCUCCUACAGAGGAGUUUGAAAAAACUUGGUCAAUUGAACCCUAAGGGAAGUCAGUUGUUUGACUUCAGCUUCAGACUGAAUCCUUUCGACACCAAGGGUUCAGUUGCUGAGAUUCUGAAGGCUUUGAAAGCAGUGGAUCCAACUGGUCAGGUCGUUUCUUAUAAGAUUUCAUCAAGACCAGAUGGUCUAGAUUAUCUGGACGUAAGUUAUCUGAUACCAAGACUGGAGGACUCUAUUAUAUAUGAGAUAGUAAGACCACAACAACCAGAGGUAGUUUACGAAUCUGUUGUGGAUAUUGAUACGAGGAAUCCCAUAAAUGGCCUGUUGGAAAAGGUCGUCAGCGAAGUGGGAGCAGCCGAAGACGAAGUCAAAGGGGCUAAGAAGGAGCAGUUGGUGGACCUACCCCUUGACUUCAAAUUCACCAAUUCCAGGGGAUUGUCGGACUCUGAGGUCAGUAGAAUCGUUAGCCAAACAUUGCCCUACAUCCAGGGCUACAUAAGUCAAGUUCUGCCCGAUGGGAACGUGAAGUCUAUCAACACUGUUGCGUUACCAAACUCUGACGAUGUCAUCCUUAAGAUUCUGGUGAGGACACCAUAUGAACCUGAUAAUACCAUAGUCAUAGAGGAGGAAAGACCAAGAGUGGUAGUUACCACUCCCAAACCGAAGUCGAAGGGCCUGUUUGGGUUGUUUGGACGUUGAGAGAUUUUGAGCUGUGAAAUGUUAAUUUUUAAGAAAGAUUUUUGUGAUCAAUAAACAUAUUAGUAUUCA